AUGGACCCACGAAGUGUGCCGUCCAAGUGGGAGUCGUUACGAAAUGACUUUGCAAAUGCAGCCAGAAAUGGCUGGGGUGUACUUAAGUUACAGGCUCUCAUGAGAGGCACCUUUAUACGUGAAAACAUCGUACCAACGACACUUGCCAAUGUCCCCAAUAAUAUCCUCCAGUCUUUGAAGUAUGAGAUCAUGAAGUCAUCAUCCAAGAAGGGCAAUUUCUCGGCUAUUCUAAAUUUACUAGCUAGUCAUGACAAAGAGCUGGCAAAUCAUCUAGAAAAUGGACAGAAAAAUACAAUCUAUACCAGCAAGACCGUACAGAACGAAGUCAUAAACAUCAUUAGGUCGUACAUCAGAAAUCAAAUAUUAAAAGGCCUGAAGGGGAGAGGGCUUUACUCUAUCAUAGCUGAUGAAGUGACGGGUACGUUUUCAAACCAAGAGGUUCUGCCUUUGUGUGUGCGAUUUCUAGACGAAAGUCAAACUGAGCUUUGUAUUCGAGAAGAAUUCUUUGAUUUUCUCCAUAUGAAACGUACUACUGGGAAAACAACUGCAAUUAAAAUAGUAGAGGUUUUAACAGAGAACAAUAUUCCAGUUGACAAAAAGAGGGGCCAGGCGUACGACGAGGCAGUAGCUAUAUCGUCAGAAAAAGUAGGUUGCCGAGAUCGAAUAAACUCUAUCAAUCAACAUGCCCUUUACACACACUGCAUCAGUCACGUUCUGAACUUGAACAUAGAUUACCUCUUGUGA